UAAUAACAUGAGCGACAGUUAUAACUCCAAUGGCGGAACGACUGGAAACCAGGCAGCAGCAGAAUACCAAAGUACCUCCGUGUAUUUCCAGAGAGGCGGCGCCCCUCCUGCACAGUACCCUGGCCCUCAUGCCCCCACCACCAACAUUGGGUUUUACAACGGCACCCCCUUGGCGAAUCACUACGCUGGGCAUUUAGGGGCCACCAUCGGGGACCAUGCCAUUCCAGGACCAAGCGCUGGAACUGGAACUUCUUGCAGUACGGGUAGUACAACGACGGGAGCUGGAUUGUGCGGCGCCAACGGGGAGAGGCCUUUGGUGACCCCAGGCGGAGACGCCGUUCCAGGUCUGGGCAAGCCUACCAAGAGAGCCCGCACGGCCUACACAUCCGCCCAGCUGGUCGAACUGGAGAAGGAGUUUCACUACAGCAGGUACCUGUGCAGGCCGAGACGCAUCGACCUCUCCAGGACCCUCGUCCUGACCGAGAGACAGAUCAAGAUAUGGUUCCAGAACCGCCGGAUGAAGCAGAAGAAGGAGAACAAGGCCAAGGGCAUCACGGACGAGAGCCUGACGCCCUCGCAAGCCCACUCGAGUAGGUGCCACUCCUUGGCGUGCAGGGGCACCUCCCACGGACGCCAGCCGCCUGUGCCUAAGAAUUCAACGACCGACCAGAUGAGGAGCCAGAAGAGCAGUAACCCUUCCACGGCUUUCCAGGGAAAUGGGUAUUCUUCAGUCAGCGCAGUUCCAGAAGGUAUGCCGCCGUUUUUACCAGCGAGCAACGUCAUCCAAGGGCAACACAACACCCACGGGGCUUAUUAUAACCACCAGCAACACCACACGGGUUUACAACACCUGCCUCACGAUUACCCAUACGGGACACCUGGCUCCACAACACCAACAGAAGCUCAGUAUUCGUUCCCCCAGGUGUCCUCAACCGAACACCACCAGCACCACCACCAUCAGGUGACGGCACAUCAGCAACAUUUACAUUUAGCCCAACAGCAGCAGCAGCAGCAGCAGCUGCAGAUGGCGCAACAACAACACCAACACCAACACCAACAAGCGGUGCAUCACCAGCAACAGCACCAGAUGCAGGAGAGAGGUCUGACCCCCUACGACUUGGUACUACUACCGUUUCAGUUCCCGGACGAGAUGGCCGGUGGAUUCCCUUCCCCGCCGAGCGACGAGGCCUCGCCCUUGGAGCGGAACCCCGGCGGUCCUCACAACGACAGAGGGAGGCACUGAAGGAGAGGAGGAGGUCCUCGGCGAAAGGAGAGAGAGAGAGAGAGAGAGGGUCCUGAAGAAAAAUCGCUCGCAGCUCUAUAAAGAUCCUCUCGGAAAUGGGGUACUAGUCACAGGGGGCAGAAGAAGAAGAAGAAGAAGAAAGAGAAGGAGAAGCAGCGAAUGAACAUCCCAGCGGAGUCCGGUGAAGUGGCCAUUAUAAAUUGGAGCGAUUAUCGAACCCUGGUCUGUAAUCACGGCAGUGACUCUACUAAUACUGUAAUCAGCAGUGAUUAUGUAAUUAACUUAUUUAUCUAAACAUCAGGAGACUUUGGUUUUAAAUGUGCUAAAAUGUAAGGAGGGAAGUAUAUAUACUUUUACACUGAAAUAUAAUUUAGAUAUUCUAAUCCUUGACAUUCUACACAAGUAUUUCAUAUUUUAUCUUUUCCUUACAAGUAAUAAUUGCAUAAAAAUUUAAAUCACAAUACUUUACUUAUUCGCAAAUGUUGCGACAACUUAAACAAUUCUGCUCUUAUAUAAUUGAACACAAAAUCUAAAUUAUUUCCACGAGAGACUUCUGGAUAUUGACGUAUAUGUAAAAAUCAUCACGUACUAGGAAAAUGUAUCAUAUACUAAUUAUAUAUCAGUUUGAACUUGAUAUACCUCACUUGACACGAGGUAAAAUUCUUACCUCAUUAUGAUAAAAUCACUGUAAAUCUGAUGAAAUAUGACGACAGCUGUUAAAAGACAAAUUCCAAUUUAUAAUGACUUCUUUUUUUAGGUGUUAAGAACCUGGGAUUCAUUUUUGGCAAAUGUUCACUAAUUCAAUAAGUGUCCCUGAUAUCUCAGGGAUAAUAAUGAUAUAACUGUAAUGACUGGCGAGUGAUGUAACUCC